GUCGCGAGUGGCGAGGACAGGGUUAAUUUUGCGAGGAGUAUGAUUGACACGCCGCGUUUUCUGCUUGCUCCUAUAUCAAGCAUGCGUAGAGCUGAGCUGAGGGGAGCAGAAAACUCUGGAGCAGAGAAGCAGCCGGGAGGGCAUAGGACUGGCAGGGAUGCUGUUUCUGAAGCAUGCUCUCGGGCCGGCAGGGCGCUGCCUCUACAGGACACAGAGGCUGCUGGUGCGGACCCCGCUGUCUUACCCACAGGUCUGUGCGGACAAAGGCUGUGUGCGCUGGCACAGCGGCGAGGGCGGCAGAGACAGGAAUCCACGAUGGCAGCACAUGGUGGCAGGGCUGGCGGCAGGGACUGGCAUGGUGCUGGCAUUCGGACUGUACCACAGACUGGAGGAGCAAGCAGCCUCAGUGGAGCAGUUGGCCGACUCCACAGGCAGAGGAGGGGACGCUGUCUUCCCAGAUACAGCGGCUCCAGCGUACCCUAUCUUCACCCGGGAAGAGGUCACCAAACACAGGACGAUGCAGGACGGGGUGUGGGUGACCUUUGGGGACAGCGUUUAUGACAUCACAGAGUUUGUAGGGCUGCACCCCGGGGGCAGUAAGAUCAUGCUAGCAGCAGGGGGUGCCCUUGAGCCCUUCUGGGCAAUGUACGCUGUUCACAACCAGGAGCAUGUGCUGGAGAUCCUAGCAGAGUACAAAGUGGGGGAGCUGAGCCCUGAAGACAAGACGAAAGGAUCGGGGUCAAUUUCAGACCCGUACGCCAGCGACCCUCCCAGACACCCGGCUCUCAAAAUCAACAGCCUGAAGCCUUUCAAUGCAGAGCCGCCCUCGGAAAUCCUGUCUGAGAACUUCCUCACGCCAAACGUCUUCUUCUUCAAGAGGAACCAUCUCCCCGUCCCCGAGGUGGACCCGGAGAGGUAUCGGCUAGAGAUUUCCGGGGAAGGCAUUCCCAAGGCUCUGUCCCUAACCCUGGAAGAUCUCAAGACCAAGUUCCCCAAGCACACUGUGACGGCCACUCUGCAGUGCGCGGGGAACAGGCGGUCGGAGAUGAAUAAGAUCAAGCAGGUGAAGGGGCUGGACUGGGGCAUCGCGGCCAUCAGCAACGCCCAGUGGGGAGGGGCGCGGCUGCGCGAGGUCCUGGAGCAUGCGGGAUACCGCCACGGGGGUUCCGCCCAACACGUGCAGUUUGAAGGCCUGGACAAGGAUGUCUCCGGGACUCCCUACGGGGCCUCCAUCCCGCUCCGCAAGGCCCUCGCUGACGAUGGAGACGUGCUGCUGGCUUACGAGAUGAACGGGGAGGAGCUGCCCAGGGAUCACGGCUUUCCGCUCAGGGCGGUGGUGCCGGGGAUAGUGGGAGCCAGGAACGUGAAAUGGCUUGGCAAAAUCAUCGUGAGUGCCGAAGAGAGCAAGAGCCACUGGCAGCAGAACGAUUACAAAGGCUUCUCCCCCUCCGUGGACUGGGACACGGUGGACUUCAAGUCAGCCCCGGCCAUCCAGGAGCUCCCGAUCCAGUCUGCGAUCACGGAGCCACGAGACGGGGCGCUGCUGGAGAGGAGCGGGGAGCAGGUGACCGUGAGAGGGUACGCCUGGAGCGGGGGAGGCAGGGAAGUGGUCAGGGUGGACGUUUCUCUUGACGGGGGCAAAACGUGGCAAGUGGCCACACUGCGGAGCGGGGAGGAUGCGCCGCCUGUGGGCCAGGCUUGGGCCUGGAAGCUGUGGGAGCUGAGCGCCCCCUUUCCCCAGGAGGGUGAACAGCUGGAGAUUGUGUGCAAGGCUGUGGACAACAGCUACAACAUGCAGCCGGACUCUGUCGCCCCCAUCUGGAACCUGAGGGGAGUGUUGAGCAAUGCUUGGCACCGAGUGAGAGUCUCUGUGAAGAAAGACUAGACAGAGAUAGGGGACUCAGCAGGGAGACAACCAAUGAAUAAGGUUGAAUGGGGUUUAGUGCAGGGCUGCCCAGUUCAAGUCUGUAUAACUUCAGAAGUGCCCUUCUAUCGGCCUGUAUUGCUCAGCUGAGGGUCGGUAUAGUUUGCUGAUAACUCUCUGUACUGAUCAAACUCUGGGUGAAUUUAACACUUGGUCUAUAUAAGUGCUUUAAAACAAUAAACUGACUGUAUAGCCAGUUCAGCCUGUAUAAUCAAAGCAACCAUAUAUAACUGACCCAAGAUCAGUGAGCAGCAGCUGCUUUUUAUCUUGAUCAAGGUUCAUUAAGACAAAUUGUAUGAAGCACUUCAGAUAUACAGGCUGUAAAAAAGGGGGGAGGGGGGUGUUAAGGGUAGUUCUAGGAAUACCCCAGAACAAAGAACAGCAGACUCAAGGAAUACCCCAGAACGAAGAACAGCACACUCAAGGAAUACCCCAGAAUGAAGAACAGCAGACUCAGGGAAUACCCAAGAAUGAAGAACAGCAGACUCAGGAAUACCCCGGAACGAAGAACAGCAGACUCAGGGAAUACCCCGGAACGAAGAACAGCAGACUCAAGGAAUACCCCGGAACGAAGAACAGCAGACUCAAGGAAUACCCCGGAACGAAGAACAGCAGACUCAAGGAAUACCCCAGGUGCAGUCCUCCCAAGCAGUUUGGUCAUCCACUGAGUUCCACAGAGCACAAGUCCAGAUGAAAACCAGUCAAGUAAAGAGAAUAUCUUUUUGAGUCUU